AUGACACAGUUCUCCAACACCGAGCUCGUUUUUCUACGAUUGCUGGAACGAACAAAACGGCUGACGAAGGAGAACUUGAAAGCUAACGUGUGGAAGGUUUCCGCGGCAACGAAAGUCCUCAAUAAUUUGAUAUCACAACUGCAAUAUGAUAAUGAUGAUUCGGCAAAGGAUAUGCUCAUCGAUUAUCGUCGAGAGGUUGUCCAACUAAAACUUUUAACAGAAGCUGAGGAAAAAGCGACAACCGAGGAAAGUUUGAAAAUCGUUGAAAAAAUUCCGCGCUUCUUUCCAACGGUAAACGUGAAUCCGUCAGAAGAUUCAAUUCACGACGAUGUUGAUGAAUUCAAAAAAGAGUCGGCAGCAGGCCUGCGAGCACUUCAAAAAUCCAUAUAUCGCUCGGAUCUUCGAAAACAAUUAUUAUCAACGAAAAAACACAAAAACGUUGAUACAACUGAAGACGAGAAUUUUAUGAAAAAUGAAAGAAUUGAAGAAGAUCUGGCAAAAGAUUUACUUUCAAUGACAUUAUCCUUGAAAACUGUGAUGAGCGCCGCGAAUGAUGUAAUAAAAGAAGAUAAUCAAAAACUAACUAAAAUGCAGCAACAAGUUGAUAAGAAUAAAGAAGCAUUACAGACUGAAAAUACCCGCCUGGAGCAUCAUGCUUAUAAAUGUGGAUUCGAUUGCAUGCGAAUAUUCCUAGUCGUCUUCAUAUUCUGGACAUUUAUAGCAAUGGUGAUUGUAAUGAAAGUAUUUCCAAAACGCUAUUCCUCUUAA